CCUAACCUAAUCAUCGAUCUAACCUCAAAAAUUUGUAAACAAGAGAAAAGGAUACUAAAACUAUUUUUAUCGAUACAUAAAAUAAUUUCGAUGAUUUAUAAAUGUCAAUUUUGACUUAAUCAUCAAUCUAAACUGAAUUGAUGAUCCAAGAACAGUGAUAUCAAGAGCUUGGGGUAAACAAUGGCAUCGCCGUCAACGUCAGCGGAGAAUCCACCAUCAUGGGAGCCGCAUCGAUUGACAUAUCUCAAACCAUCCUUUGACAGUCACGAAUUGGCUCUCGCGAGUCGCAAGGAUCUCUGGCACAAGUUCAUCAUCUUCGACGGCGCCCGGUAUGGAAGAACCGACGUCCUGCGAGCUGUCGUAACCGCCAGCGAGCCAGCGAUCUUACUCCCGAUUAUGUACACCAUCGAGGAUAAGCAGAAAAGUAGCUUUCUUGCGAAAUGUAGCAACAAUGUCAUAGAAAAUCUAGUGAAGCAAGGAUUGUGCGUAACAUUGCCGCGUGGUCAGGAACUGCAUCUGGACAUUGUAUUGGGUUUUCUUGGUACGAAGGAAUUGCAAGUGAACACGAACAGAAUCAUAGCACAAGCUUUACAUUCCAGAUACGAACCGAUGAAGAAGAUAUUCAAUUUAGACGACUUUGAAAACGAGAAAGCUCUGGGUUCGAUAUUCUGUCCCAUUUCGAUACCAAAAAUUCUGGAUCUGGUCUUGCGUUGCAGCAAAAUGGGGAUUAUGGGCAAUAGUCGCGAGUCCCAGCAAUCGCGAUUGCCCGUUCGCGAAUUGAGUAUGAAAAACAACAAGCUGACGGCUAUCAUUCUAUUUGAUAAGUUCUUUAAUUAUCAUUUAACUAAGCUGGACUUGAGGCACAAUCAGAUUUUGGACGUGGAGUUACGUUACUUCUGCGAGUUCAAGAUCAGCGAAUUGUGGUUGGACGGAAAUCCAUUGUGCACAAGGUACACCAACUCUCAGGAGUACAUACAGGCGGUAAAGAACGUUUUUCCGCACUUGCAGAAGUUAGAUGGAAUCGUGAUAGGAAUGGAGAAGAAAUUUGUGCCGAGCGUGCAAAGUAAUUAUCUCGGCAGUGGAACAAAAAUAUCUCUGAUCAAGCAGUUUGUCAAGCAUUUCUUCACCCUGUACGAUCAAGAAGAUAGAAUAGUUAUGAAUGGUCUGUAUGACAGAAACGCGUUCUAUUCCAUGACACUGGGUACUGUAACAAAUCAUGUGCAUAAAGAGAUCAUCAAGACAUUUUCCACAAAUAGAAACUUAUUGAAAUUUGUUGACUAUGCUAAAUGUAACGAAUUCUUAUUUUGCGGACCUGAAAAGAUAAUUAGUGCUUUGAGACGGCAGCCACCAACGUCACACAACUUUAAAACAUUUCAUAUUGACUUGUUGCAUGAAGAAGAUAAUUGUCUAGCUAUUGCGGUGCAAGGAUUAUUUUCGUAUCGAGUAUUACUCUGCCCACCUAUGUUAUUCAAUAGAACUUUAAUUAUUAUUAAAAAGGACGAUAAUGAAUACUGUAUUGUCAAUGAUCAAUAUUAUGUUGACGGUACACCGGCCAGUGCAUUUAACGAAACAAGGUUUGAACAAAAAUCCGCGCCUAAAUUUACUCCUACAGUACUUAGUGUAUCGGAAAAGGAACAACUGCUUAGAUUUUUACGUGAGCUUACUACAAUGAAUAUUCGAUAUUGUUAUAAAUAUCUACAAGAAGCAGGCUGGGACAUAAGAAAUGCUAUUACUACAUUUAUGAAGAAUUAUGCAGUUAAUGAUGUUUCUCCAGAAGCUUUUCAAUAGAUUAAUCAUCAAGAUAGAGGUUAAUGUAAUUUUUAAAAAAAUGUAUAAUUUUGUGUAAAUAUAUACAUAUAUAAUACAUAUUUUUGAACGAAAAAGUCUUUUGUCGUUUCAAUUGUAAAAAAGGUUUUAUACUUAAUUAUUUACACAAAUCUAAUAGACUAAUUCUUUGAUAUUAACAACCUUGCUGCAUAUUUAACAGAGCAAUAGUUUUAGUGAUGUAAGGCAUCGUGUUGACAUUGGAAUUUACUCCCAAUUCAAAUACCCUCUGCAUCAAUGGUAACGCGUGCUCUGCAAAGAAAGAUAUAAGAAUUUAUAAAACUAUAUUGACAUAAAUAAACAUCAAAAUAUGUAAAUUUAA